AUGGGCGCCUGUCCCUACUGUUGCAAUGCCCGGGCUGCCUUGACGCGGGCCCCGCGGCGGACGACUGUGGCGCCACUCGCAAGGCUAUCGAGACCUUUAUCACGACCCGUCUCCGGACGGCCCAGUGUUCGGCCAGACGCUCGACCCAUACAGCGGACAACGUCCACGCGCGCCUAUGCCACGGCGAUCCAUGACGACGGGUUUCUGCACAGCGACGAUGGUCAUGCUCACGGCCGACACCGACCUCGGGAACACGGGUCCGACGGUCGCGGAGAGAUGGCCCACCACACGUGGCCCGCGUCGCCCAACCCGACGCCGUACGAGAUCUUUGGCCAGCACAAGACGGCCGCGUACCAAAAGAAGCGCUUCUAUGCCCUCGCCAAGCAGUACCAUCCGGACAUGCACCACGGCACGCCGGCCCACGUAAAGGGGCUGUCGCCGGCGGUGCGGCUCGAGCGGUACCGGCUGAUUGUGGCGGCCAACGACAUUCUGAGCCACGCGGGGCGGCGGCGGAUGUACGACCUGUACGGCCAGGGGUGGGCGUCCCCGGGGGACCAAGGCAAAAUGAAGGCGGGCGGUGAGUACGACCACACGUGGCGGCAGCGCAAGGGCAGCGCGGCGUACAAUGCGACGUGGGAGGACUGGGAGCGGUGGCGACAGGAGAACGGGGCGGGGCCGUCGGGGGAUGCGGCGGGGGCCAAGCAGACGGAGCAGUUCAUGUCCAACGGCGGGUUUGCCGUGGUUGUGCUUGUUCUCGUGUUUCUGGGCGGCUAUGGCCAGAUGACGCGAGCGAGCAGCCACGGGGCCAGCAUUCUGGCGAGGCGGGACGAGCACGACGCGGCGAUCUCGUCGACGCUCCAAAGCCAGCAAGCCGCGAUUGCGCCGCUGAGCCGCGCCGGGCGGGUGGACAGCUUCCUAGAGCGACGGGAGGGCUGGGGCACGUACGAGACAGCGGGGCUGCUGGCACAGUCGGAUGCGCGACGCCGCGGCAGUUGA